AUGUCGAUUCUUUCGCGAGUUGCAUCCAGUUCAUCCUUAUCAUUAAAAUUUAAUAGUGGAUUUAGACAUGUUUUUUAUCUUAAACGGUCUGUACAAUCAACAUCAACAGAUUCUACACGUGAAACAAUGGAACUCAAUAGUGAAAACCAACACGAAGAUCAAGGAACUGGUUUUUAUACUAUGGUAGAAAGAUUCUAUGAUCGUGCAUCAAAAAUUCUCGAAGAUAAAUUAGUUGAUGAUAUGAAAAAAUCGAAAUUAACUGAACAACAAAAACGUAUUAAAGUACGUGGAAUAUUAACAGUGAUGAAACCACCAAAUUAUGUAUUAGCUAUUACAUUCCCUGUACGACGUGAUAAUGGUGAAUGGGAAUUAAUUGAAGCAUGGCGUGCACAACAUUCAUUACAUCGUACACCAUGUAAAGGUGGUAUACGUUAUUCAUUAGAUGUUAAUUUAGAUGAAGUUAAAGCAUUAGCAGCUUUAAUGACAUAUAAAUGUGCUUGUGUUAAUGUACCAUUUGGUGGAGCAAAAGCUGGUGUAAAAAUUAAUCCAAAAGAUUGGUCUGAAGGAGAGUUAGAACGUAUAACUCGACGAUUAACAAUUGAAUUAGCUAAAAAAGGUUUUAUUGGACCUGGUAUUGAUGUUCCAGCACCAGAUAUGGGUACUGGUGAACGUGAAAUGGCAUGGAUUGCUGAUACUUAUGCAUCAACACUUGGUUGGGAUGAGAUAAAUGCAAUGGCAUGUAUUACUGGUAAACCAAUAUUACAAGGUGGUAUUCAUGGACGAACAUCAGCUACUGGUCGUGGUUUAUAUCAUGGUGUUAAUAAUUUUAUAAAUGAAAAAUAUUAUAUGGAUAAAAUUGGUUUAACAACUGGUUUACCAGGAAAAACAUUUAUUAUUCAAGGUUUUGGUAAUGUUGGUCUUCAUUCAAUGCGUUAUUUAACAAGACAUGGUGCAAAAUGUAUCGGUGUACUUGAAUGGGAUGGAGCUAUUGUUAAUCCUGAUGGAAUUGAUCCAAAAGCACUUGAAGAUUAUAAAUUAGAAUAUGGUACUAUUAUUGGAUUUCCAGGAGCAAAACCUUAUGAAAAUGCCGACAAACAAGAACUACUUUGUGAAGAAUGUGAUAUUCUUGUACCAGCUGCUAGUGAACAGCAGAUUACGUCAAAAAAUGCUCGUCGUAUUAAAGCUAAAAUUAUUGCUGAAGGAGCUAAUGGACCAACAACACCAACAGCUGACAAAAUUCUUCUUUCGAAAAAAAUUCUAGUUAUUCCAGAUUUAUAUGUUAAUGCUGGUGGUGUAACAGUAUCUUAUUUCGAAUGGCUUAAAAAUCUCAAUCAUACAUCUUAUGGUCGAUUAACAUUUAAGUAUCAACGAGAUACAAAUUAUUCACUUCUUGAAAGUGUACAAGGUUCAUUGGAAGCAAAAUUCGGAAAAAUGGGAGGCAAAAUUCCAAUUAUUCCAAGUGAUAACUUCUACAAACGUAUGGCAGGUGCUUCAGAAGUUGACAUUGUUCAUUCUGGCCUUGAGCAAACAAUGGAACGAUCAGCAAAUGCGAUUAUGGAAACAGCUAAACGUCUAGAUUUAGGUUUAGACUUACGUACAGCAGCCUAUGUAACAUCAUUGGAAAAAAUUUUUAAUGUAUACUCAGCUGCAGGCAUGACAUUCGGUGUUUAA